AUGUGGAAUGAUUCUCGAUUACCUAGCAGCUUAGAGUAUGUAAUGCUUGAUAAGUCUCAACCUGCUCUUCGACCCAUACCUGGUCAAUAUGCUUUAAAGUCUGACGCAAAUUUAUUUUUGAAGAUGCUUCAGAAAUCAUGUGAUAACAACCACAAGAUCUUAAAAAAACGGUUGAUGAUUAAAUUUGAAGACGAAUUGUAUUACAGUGGUUUAACUAGGUAA